CAUUUUUGCCCUAACAGAGUACAGCGUCUGAACGCGUUAUGCAGCGUGUCCCUUGUCGGCGCCCGUUGGGGUCUUCGGAUUGUGACAGUUGAUGGAAUUGCGGUUACAGCGCUCUCAUUACCUGCACUAGAAAGUACAGUGCAGCACUAUAAUAUGGCUACGAUACAGCAACGGUACUGCGUGGCUGAGGAGAGAAGCGGUCACUGCGCUGCCAUGCACGAUAACUAUCUUUAUGUGUGGGGCGGUUAUGUGACAAUUGAAGAAAAUGAGGUAUACUUACCAAAUGAUGAAAUAUGGAUCUAUGAUAUCGAUAGUGGUUUGUGGAGAAUGCACUUAACAGAUGGUGAUCUGCCUCCAUCAAUGUCAGGGAGUUGUGGAGCAUGUCUUAAUGGCAAGUUUUAUGUUUUUGGAGGAUAUGAUGACAAAGGAUACAGCAACCAGCUCUUCUGUUUGGAUCUUCAUUCAAAAUCUGGACAGUACACAUGGAAGCACAUUAACAACUUUAAAGGCCAAUCCCCAACGGCCAGAGAUAAACUUUCUUGCUGGGUUUAUGAUGACAGGAAGGUCAGAUUUUCUGGGGAUGGAACAAUGAUAUCCAUGUUUUUGACACAAAGACACAGACCUGGUUUCAGCCCUUUGUAAAAAAUUCUCCACCCCAGGCACGAGCAGCUCAUUCCUGUGCUCUGUUGGAUAACAAAGGAUAUGUGUUUGGGGGUCGUGUGCUGCAAACAAGAAUGAAUGAUUUGCAUUUUCUGGAUCUAGACACAUGGACAUGGUCUGGAGGCAUUCGGAUUAAUGGAAAGAUCCCAAGCGGUAGAUCAUGGCAUACCUUAACACCAGUUGGAGAUGACCAGCUGUUUUUGUUUGGUGGUCUUAGUGAAGAAAGUGAACCUUUAAGUGAUGGCUGGAUUUACAGCAUAAAAACCAAUGAAUGGGAGCAGCUUCAACAUUUGCCAAAAAAUAGGCCAAGACUGUUUAGGUUAAAGUGCUAAGUUAGAGCAGCAGUGAGGGCCAUUCUGUAGGAAUACAUCAGAUAGAAUAUCAACCAGGUCAAGGCAGGACAGGCACCCAAAUGACCUUCAAGGAUCAUGCCCCAGCAAGACAUUUCCUUCCGCAGAUAGAACAGAGCCAGAGCUACCACCAAGAUUGUGGCACACAGCCUGCCCUGGAAAAGAAAAUGAAGUGAUGGUAUUUGGCGGCAGUAAAGAUGAUUUACUUUCUCUAGACACAGGUCAUUGUAAUGAUUUGCUAAUCUUUCAGAUUCAGCCUUACUCACUUCUAAGGUUGUGCCUAGAUGCUGUAGGGAAAUAUUCUUCUGUGCUAGAAAGACAAGUGUCCUGCUUACCCACAAAACUCCUUCAGCAAGCAUUAAAGAAAAUAACCUUCUGGGCUGCAACCAAAUACAGAAAACAAAAAAGGAAUCAUUCAAAGUGAAUAACAACAGAACCUGUCUGGGAAGGAGAAAUGUGUUAUUCCAUUUGCACUUAAGAAGUUUUAAAGAAUCUCCUGUUAAAAAUGGAUUUGAAAGUUUUGGUUUAUUAAUUACAUGUAGAAUUGUUACAUUAGCCAACAAUAAUCUAAACAUUUACUCAAUGGAUGUUGUAUCAACACCAUAAGAAUAAUAAAUGUAUAGUAGUCUCCUGUACGCAACAAACAACAUAUAAACAGGGACCCAUUCAUUUUUUAAGUACCUUGUGUCAGUAAUUAGCAACUCAACAACUUUCUAUAGCACAACAGGAAGUUUAGUUGCUAGCUCUUGGGCUUCUUGGAAAUUACAUGGCCUUUUUCUAAACAACUAAUGCCCAGUCGGUGCUGGGUAGUAAUGACUGGGGAAAUACAUACUAAGCAGUUAUUUUGUUAGUACUACAAUGACUUUUCCAUACAAGGAAAAAAGAUGUUAAAUCUAAUUUAGGUAUGAAACUGUGACAAAGGAAAAGUAUUGUAUUUGUACUUGACUUUCAGAGCCUUGCUUUUUUUAACUGAGGAUAUUUUAUAUUUAAUUGUAUUUGUAAUUUUGAUGUUACAUUUGUUGUUAUGUUUAUGUGUUUACAAUCAGUAAUGGACAUACAUGUUUAUUGCUACAGUUUGCACUGCAUAGUGAGUAAUUAAAACCACCAAAUGUCCAACAAAA